AUGCAUGUCCAUGUGAGCUACAAGUUGGGGAAGGGCAACUGUUCCUUCUGGUUUGAUCCUUGGCUUUGUGGUAAGGCAAUUUGUGAUGAGUACCCUGCUAUCUCCUUGGAAGAAGCUGAUAUCCCCAAGAUUGCUUGUGUUAAGGAUUUUUGGAGGAGAGGAAGCUGGAACUUACCUGAACCAAUUGAUGAACAGAUUGAUUUGCUUUGGAAUAGAAUUCAAAAUAAUUUUGCUAUAGAUGAUGAGAGAGAUGAUGAAGUUUCUUGGAAGUUCAGUAAAUCUGGGAAGUUCUCAAUCAAUUCUGCUUGGGAUUACUUCAGAACUAAAUAUCCUAAGGUGCCUUGGUGGAAAAUUAUUUGGGGUUCAGGCUGUAUUCCUAAGCAUAGCUUCAUAGCCUGGCUUGCAAUUAAGAAAAGUCUUAAGACUAGGGAUAAGUUGAAGAGAUGGGGUUGCAUAGAUAAUGAGAACUGUGUGUUCUGUAACAAUGCUCCUGAAUCUGUGGAACAUUUGUUUUUUGAGUGCCCUGAGUUAAAUGCAGUUAUUAAAGCUGUUAUGGAAGCCUGCUUGAUCAACAGAGACUGGAUAAGUUGGAGAAGAGAGUGGUCUUGGUAUGGAAAGAAAACAAAUGGGAAGACUAUGUUAGCUAAAAUCAGAAGAUUAGCUUUCAUGAGUUCAAUCUAUAAUGUUUGGAGAGGAAGAAAUUGUAUAAUUUUUUAG